AUGAGUCAGAGCGACAAUAGUCAACAGGCACCUGUGGGAACAGACCAUUUUAAGGUAUAUUUGAAAGGUCCUGAAGCUGCAGCCAAAAUAGGUUCUACUGUUUCUAUUGCUGCUGCUAAUACUACUAUUACUACGAAAACAUUAUCAAACUCUACUUUAGUUGAGAAGAGCUUUGGUCCACCCUCAUUAACAUCAUUUAACACCACUCCUGCAGCAUCUACUGCAGUGGAGUUUACUACUAAAGAGUCCCUUGUAAAUUUAAUUACCUGUGCCUAUGCCCAUUCGGGUUACCCAACUUCCAUCUCUGCAGGGAAUUCAGGUAGUGUUAUUUACGGGGCAUUUGUAGAACUGCGUAAUCCCUCGCUUAAUAGUAUCACAUUUCCACCAGAUGAGAUGAUCGUUCUCUCUGACAUUCCACGUGAGUCUGCUGGGGAGAUGAAUGGAGUUCACACACCCUCCAAAUCCUCUGAUAGCCCGGCAGCAGAGGAGCCAUUAGUACGUGUUGUCUGGAGACGAGGUUCGCAUCUGCUGAACAGUCGUCUGGCAGAGAAAUUGCCCACCACAACGGCGACAGGCCCAACACUUAAUAGUCCCAAUUCUUCCUCUUCUUGUGGAAUAGUUCUCCCACGACUGGCCCCAAAUUCUACUCCCCAGCGUUUGGCUAAGUGUCCAGACGGUCUUUGCGAUGUGAAAACCUCUCCACGUCUUAAUGAGAUCGUUUUGGGUUUUCAACCAAAUGUCCCACAAACAGAUGGUAAUGCGGCCCAAGACAACGAUACUGGUGAAAACGACGAGAAUGCUAUUGGUAACGAUAAUAAUAAUAAUAAUAAUAAUAAUAAUAAUAAUAAUAAUAAUAAUAAUAAUAAUAAUGAGGAAAAUGGUGGUAAUUCUUCAGAGGCAGUCAAUCCUCCACUAGAGAGAGGGAUUCCAUCUGGGGAAGAAAUUAAUAAAGAUAUACCCGUUCAGACUACACUGAUCAGCGCUAAUAGCUUUAAUCAUCUCACAAUGUAUGGAGUAAGACAUCAGGAAGGAAAGAUUUUGUCUACAACUCCAUUACAGUCACUCGUUGCUACAAUACCGACACGGAAGAUUACUGCUCACUCUCUUUUUUUUCUUAGCACGAUUGUUGGGAAAGGUUACGUUGCACCUGGAUAUCAAGAAGGAGGAUCUCCUCAAGUUCUCCAUGGAGCGGAAGUGAAACCGGCGAAAAAGAGUUGGACAGUACGUAAGUCAUCAGUGUCCAGUAAUCUUCCGAAUUUAGCAAAAGGUGUAGUAAUGAACUUUGAGGAUGUUCAGAUGGAAGGAGGAACUAAUGGUGGUAGUAGUAGUAAUGUAGUAAAUGUUGCUGCACUCCAUGUAGCGGUAGAACCGUAUUUACUUUUUGGAAAUCAAAGUGGGGAUUUAUUUCUUUUUAGUGUUUUUGAAGAAAAAAUUGUGCAACGCCUUAACUACUCAGGUGGUAUUUUUUGUUACAGUAAUUCGGAAAAUUCAACCACACCAAAAAAACAAUUAGUUAGUAGGCCAGUAACUUGUAUUGUAGAGGUUGAAUGUGGUAUUGAAAAGCACCUUGCGGUGGUGAUUGAUCGAGCCUGUUCAUCAAAGGUGAGAAAUGAGAAUACUUUCGCAGUUCCUUCUGUUACUCCUGAUGGAAUUCCGCCAUCUGUAUUUGCGGCCGGCUUUGAUAAUGGACAUGUUCUUCUUGUUAGCAUUACACUUGGUGGGGCGUGGCUGAGUGGACAUACCACUUCAUUUGGAGAACGACCUAUUCGAGGAAUUGCAGUGCAGACGCCUCACUUUUUUUUACGUCUAUGGUCUUCAGAACGGAGAACACGGGAUACCACAUUUUCCUCACCUCACAAAACACAAAAACAAAAACAACAACAAAAGGAUGAGGUGGAAGAAGAAGAAGAAACAGGAAAAUUUAAGGAGAGUAAUGUUUCUUUUACACAUAUUGAAUUUAUUUCAUCUACCACACUUAUUCUUAGUGAGGAUAGCGCUGUAGUUGCUAUUAACUGUGAUGGUGGGAUGUUACGUCUUGUUAAGGCCUCCAAUUUGGAGGUGGAGUUGUGUCGAACUGUUGCACUUGCGAAUAAUACACCUGGUGAUUUCUUGGCAAUUCAGUGGGUGCCAAGUUCUGCUGAAUUCACAUUAUAUCCAGAUCUCAUUGUUGUCACGACUGAAGAUGAUAGCAUGAUGGUUUAUCAGUUUCUACAAAUGAAUGGAGGUUCAAAAGGUAAGUUUACAAAUACGUUUUCAUUCCCUGAGGAAACAGGGCCACCUGGUCCAAUGAAUAGUAGUAGACUCUUAAGGAACAAUAGUUACCAACGUACAGGUGAGAGUUUGGUAUUUCUUGAGCGUCGUCGUUUUCAUCGCUCAUGGGUAGGAGAUUUAUCUUUACUACCCAUUUCAGAUGCUCGUUUGUUAAUUGCGACAUCUUAUGAUGGUCAAAGUUCUUUUUGGCCUAUUUAUCAUAGUGUUGUAGAGCAAAAAUCGAAAGAUCAUUUUUUACCAACACAGUUCGAAAGCAGUUCAUUUAUCCAAGAAUGUUUCUAUGAUUGUAUCAUUCAAGAUGAUAGCAGUCAGUGUAUUAGUUCGAAACUGACGACGACUGUUUUGGCUGACGAACCAGCCACAUCCGUAGUAUUACACACAGAUCUAACAGUUCGAUGCACGGUUGGUGGUGCUGGAUGUAGUCACUUCCUUGUCUCACUGUGUAUUCGAGGGCGUGUGAAGUUUUGGGAGGUGAAGUCAUUAUUGAGCUAA